AUAGGAUAAGAUCAUGGCCUCUUGGAAUUAAAAUUGUGAGGUAAGAAAAAAGAAAGUACGGCAAUGGAGAAGAAUGACAAAGAAGCAAUGGAGACGAACCAGAAAACAGUCACAACUGAUCAUGAGCCUGAAAUCAACUACAGAGGAUGGAAAGCCAUGCCAUUUAUCAUAGGGAAUGAAACUUUUGAGAAGUUGGGAGCCAUUGGUACCUUAUCCAACCUGUUGAUCUACCUCACCACUGUCUUCCACUUGAAGAGCAUUACAGCUGCAACUAUGAUCAAUGUCUUCAAUGGCACCACAAACUUUGGAACUCUGCUCGGUGCUUUUUUCUGUGACACUUACUUUGGUCGCUAUAAGACCCUGGGAUUCGCUACAGUUGCCUCUUUCGUGGGACUGCUAGCAAUACAACUAACAGCAGCUAUCCCAGAGUUGCAUCCUCACCGCUGUGCAGCACAAGGGAACACCGACUGCAGAGGGCCAACAGCAGGGCAAAUGGCAUUUCUGCUUACUGGGUUAGGACUAAUAAUUGUCGGAGCUGGCGGUGUUCGACCAUGCAACCUGGCAUUUGGGGCGGAUCAAUUCAAUCCUAAAACAGAAUCUGGAAAGAGAGGAAUCAAUAGCUUCUUCAAUUGGUAUUUCUUCACCUUCACUUUCGCGCAGAUGGUAUCCUUAACCCUCAUCGUAUACAUUCAAUCAAACGUGAGUUGGGCUAUUGGCCUCGGAAUUCCAGCAAUUCUGAUGCUUAUAGCUUGUGCAGUCUAUUUCGUCGGUUCAAAAAUAUAUGUCAAAGUAAAAGCCACUGGUAGUCCACUGACCAGUGUAGCACAAGUAAUACUGGUAGCAAUCAAAAAAAGGCAAUUAAAACUACUGGAGCAACCUUGGCUCUCCCUUUUCAAGUAUACUCCUCCCAAGUCCAUCAACUCCAAGCUUCCCUACACUGAUCAAUUCAAAUUCUUGGACAAAGCAGCAAUUAUGACACCCCAAGACCAAAUAAACCCUGACGGAUCACCAGCUGAUCCAUGGAGACUUUGCAGCAUGCAGCAAGUAGAAGAAGUGAAAUGCCUGUUGAGAGUGCUUCCUAUAUGGGCAUCACAAAUCAUCUAUUUUGUUGCCAUUGUUCAACAACAGACCUAUGCUGUCUUCCAAGCCGUUCAAUCUGAUAGACGCCUUGGAAACAGCAACUUCAAGAUCCCAGCUGCAACCUAUGUUGUCUUCUUGAUGCUCAGCUUGACCUGCUUCAUACCUAUAUAUGAUCGAGUUAUUGUCCCAUUUCUUCGUAGAGUCAGGGGAAAAGAAGGGGGUAUUACAAUCCUCCAGAGGAUUGGCAUAGGGAUGUUUCUCUCGGUAAUCACCAUGCUUGUAUCUGCGGUUGUUGAAGAACAUCGAAGAACUAUAGCUCUCACUCAACCAACUCUAGGAGUUGCACCAAGAAAAGGAGCCAUUUCAUCUAUGUCAGCCUCAUGGUUGAUCCCUCAAUUCACCCUUGGUGGACUGACAGAAGCAUUUGCGUCCAUUGGCCUAGUUGAAUUCUACUACAAGCAGUUCCCGGAGAACAUGAGAAGCAUUGCAGGGUCCCUAUUCUAUUGUGGCUUGGCAGGUUCAAGUUAUUUUAGUAGCUUAUUGAUCUUAAUAGUUCACAGUGCGACUAAGGGGGCUUCCACUGGAAAUUGGUUACCAGAGGAUCUUAACAAGGGAAGAUUGGACUACUUCUAUUAUACGAUUGCUUGCUUAGGAGUCUUAAAUCUGGGCUACUUUUUAUUAUGCGCAAGAUGGUAUAAAUACAAAGGAAACGAAGACAGCCUUGAGCUUGAACUUGAAGUUAAUGGCGAGAAAAGCCAAUCUGAUAAAUCAUUCGUAUGAUAAUUAGUGAUAUUCAUAACUAGGAGAUUACAUUCAUCAUAUCUAAUUAGAAAACCCUUCUCUGUAGCUAUACAUGAUACCAUCCAAUUUAGCAGCAAUAUGCAGUUGCAGGCCUUUUAAAGUAUCAAGAAAUAAGUAGAUGUUGCAUUCGGUGAAAAAAGUGGGAAUACGAGUUUAUUGCAUCCCUGAA